AACUGGGUCGUCCCCCUCCCCCCCACCCCCCUCGAGCCUUGACUCUGACCCAGAAGCCACCCUAAAGAUGGAGGCUUGCGGGGCUGAUCGUGCCGACCCAAGUUCAGGCUCUUCCCUUCGCCAGGAGCUGAUCGAGGGAAUUUGCUGAAUUGGCUGCUGAGCAGGGAUUCUGCAGCAUAUCUGCCCUUCAAGAUGUUUGAUUUGUUUGAAGUCCAAAAGCUGUUGCAGAAUGAGUCAAUCUGAUUUCAUUAUCAUUGGUGUCUCUGUCGGUCUUGCUCUUGUCAUUUUGCUAGCUUCGCUAGCAUUCUUCGGCAUAAGAUGGUAUGAGAAACAUGCUCAUCUUCGCAGAUGUGCGAAUGAGCGUAGUGUGACCACCCUUCCCAUUCGCAUGAAUGGAUUAGACACGAGCACUGACUUCAGUGCAUCGUUGUCGAUCUCAAUAGCCAGUGGGGCAUCGGAAAACCACCAGAAGAAUUCUCCUUUUAACUGGCGGAGUCACCAGAACAAAGAAUGGCUUGCAUCUGCAUCAGGCAUACCUCGAUAUUCUUACAAGGACAUACAAAAAGCUACACAAAACUUCACUACUCUCAUAGGACAAGGUUCCUUUGGUCCUGUAUAUAAAGCUGUGAUGGCAACUGGGGAAAUUGUAGCUGUCAAGGCGCUUGCCUCUGAUUCAAAACAGGGUGAAAAGGAGUUUCAAACAGAGGUGUCUCUGCUUGGUAGAUUGCAUCAUAGGAAUCUUGUAAAUUUGGUGGGCUGUUGCGUAGAUAAAGGGCAGCACAUGUUGAUUUAUGAGUUCAUGAGUAAUGGAAGCUUGGCAAAUCUUCUUUACAAUGAAAAGGAAAGGGUUUUGGAUUGGGAAGAAAGGCUUCAAAUUGCUCUUGACAUAUCGCAUGGAAUUGAAUACCUUCAUGAAGGGGCAGUCCCACCUGUCAUACAUCGUGACCUAAAAUCUGCAAACAUAUUGCUAGACGGGACCAUGAGAGCUAAGGUGGCUGAUUUUGGUCUAUCUAAGGAAGAGGUAUUUGAUGGACGGAAUUCUGGCCUGAAAGGUACAUAUGGCUACAUUGACCCAGCAUACAUAUCCACGAACAAAUUCACUACGAAGAGUGAUAUAUACAGCUUUGGUGUUAUCAUCUUCGAGCUCAUUACAGCAAUUCACCCCCACCAAAACUUGAUGGAAUAUAUUGAUCUUGCUUCGAUGAGUGCAGAUGGUGUUGACGAAAUACUCGAUAAGCGACUGGUUGGGAAAUGCAAUCCCAACGAAGUACGAAGACUAGCUAACAUCGGUCACAGAUGUCUACAUAAAUUACAGAGAAAACGGCCUUUGAUAGGGGAAGUUUCACGGGCUAUAUUGAAGAUAAAGGAGAGGCGCCUCGUUAAAAAUGACGAAGCGUCUUUUGCGAGAUCAGAUAUAUCCAGAACUGUAAGCUUAAUAGAGGACCAUCAGGUGGAGCUGAGUAAUAUGGCCAGCAUGAUGGAGAGAGAUUGAACUAUCGCUUGUUUUUCUCCCCUCCUGGUUCAUCACUUCUUUUCUUCCUUUCUUUGUUUCUUUUUCUUCUUCUUUUUCCCUUUUCUUCUCUUGUCUUGUUUUAAUUUCAAUUUUCUGGUUUCUCCUGUCAUCCUGAUCUGUUCUAAUUUUUGGUAAGCUUUGCCAGAGCAUAUAGAACGAGGAUGUAGGUAGGUAGAUGCCAAUGAGCUUUUUUACUAGUUGAAGUAAUCAAAACGAGUGGUGUAGAUGACCACCCAUGAUGUUCAAGUGAGCUCAGCUGUCUAGUUCUUGCAAAGCAUAUAUUGGUGGCCCAAGACGCAAGAAACGGUUCCUCUUCUCCUGUGCACGUCUAGUUCCUUGUCUGAUAUCAUAGUUUUUCUGCGCACCUGAGAUGUACUUGAUGGAUCUCAUUUCUCAUAGUUGCCUUCACGUU